UCUUGUAUCAUUUUCGUGUUGUAUCUGACUGAGGAAUAUUCGUCUCACUGUUCGUACUUUUUUCGGUUCUAUAAAGUUGAAAGUAAAGUAUAAUAUUCGAAAUGAUUAAAUCGAGUUUGUUCUUUUGCGCCAUUUUUAUUCUGAUUCAGAAUGGAAAGUCAUCGCCGGAGGACGAGUUCGGAAGUUUCUGGGGACCAUGUCCAGCAAGUCCAAUUAACACAAAUUCUAGUGCGUCUUUCUAUCAGAGGUACCCGGUUCAAACCCAGCUACAGAGGCAAGCUUGUGCGUGUAAUUAAAAAAUCGUUCGUGCAAUUAUCAACAUUACACGCCAAGUACCGGGGGACUACCAGUUUAGCCGAGCUAACAGAUAAUGCACGCCAUCUGUUAGCAGAAUCAAAAAGCUGAAACUGGUUCGAGCGUCUAUAGAGGUCAACACUGAGGAGCUCAGGGUCUCUAAACUACCCGGCUAGCUCCAAGGUGCUUGUGUAGAUGUCACUAGAAAGCAACGGGAAACUACUAGUGGAAGCUCGAAACAACGUCGAUUCCCCAGAAUAAUCGCAGUGGCAAUAGGCAUUCGCCUCACCCUGUAAGGGUACCACAAAAAUGCGAUUUCCAAUGUCCUGUAAAGGACAAGGAACCACGACGACGACGACUUGUAUUAACCAGAUCAAGGGAAAAUGGUAUACACACUACGUAUUGGGUCAAUACUCCCCAUGGAAGACCUUCGAUUGCCAAACCAACGAAAUUCUUUACAAGCGGAAGGGAAAAACUGCCAAUGUUACGUCUCGAUUCAUCAUAUCAGGGGCAGAUUUACCAGUUGAAUGGAAUGGUACAGUUUUAGCAGCCAAUACGAGCAUCGGUAAAUUCGAGUUUGACUACAUUACAGAUGGUUGGUUCUUCACUCAAAAUACCCAAUUUUUACAAACAUCCAGUAAAGGAGCUGCUCUGGCAUGGACUUGUUUGGAUUUCGGUAUUUUUCACAUUGAAAGUAUUGCGGUGAUGACCAAGUAUCAAGAUCCCAACGAUAUCAGAAUCCCGCCGAGCAUCAUCAGGAAAAUGCACGAUUUGCUUCUAAAGGCUGGAAUUUCACCCACUUGGUUUGAACCAAUUGUCCAAGAAAAUUGCGAUUAUCAGAAUUUUUCUUCUUCUCAACCAGUUUCUGUGGCCAAAAGUUUGCGACAUUUCGUGCCAACGGAUUUUUUAAAACAACUAAGUAAAUGAAGUUUCACCUGAUUUGAAUAAUUACGUAACUAGAUGUGACCCGUGUUUAUCUACUCGUAGUACCUUUAGUUAAUUUGUAAUCAGAAUUUAAUUAGAUAGGUAAUUAGGUAGGUAUAUUUACCCCGUUGUAAUUUUUAGAGUACAGUUCAUCGAACUAUUCUUCAUUCUGUUCACAAUAAACAUUAUAAAAGCAUAA